GUAGCGGUUGGCAGGAGUAUCGAGCAGUCAUGUCUCCGAUUUUCAUCUGUUUUUUCGGGUUGGCCGUUUCGGCCGUUUGGUCCGCAUCGCCGUACAGAUUCGAAGACGCCGAAAAACUCUUCGAAGAAUUUAUUGAAGAAUUCGGAAAGGAAUAUGAAGACGAAAUUGAGAAACAGUACAGAUUCGAAAUUUUCGUUAAGAAUUUGCAGUUAAUUAAUGAAUUGAACGAAGAGAGCGAUCAUGCUGUCCAUGGUAUAACCAAAUUUGUGGAUCUGACUGUCGAAGAAUUUAGAAGUAUGCACACAGGUCUGAAACCUGUUUCUGACUAUAUAUACGGGUGUGUUUUUGCACCUGAUAGCGCCAUUCCUGUUAAGGGUGCGCCGGAGUCGUUCGACUGGCGUGAUCAUAACGUAGUGACAUCAGUUAAGGACCAGGGUUCUUGUGGCAGCUGCUACGCUUUCAGCGCAGUUGGUAAUAUCGAGGGGCAGUACGCAAUGAAGUAUAGAGAACUGGUCGAUUUGUCUCCGCAACAAAUUAUCGACUGCGACUAUGUUAGCCAAGGGUGUUUGGGAGGAUUCAUGAGCCUCGCAUUACAAUCGGUACUAGAGACAAUAGGUAUAGAAACUGAAGCAGACUACCCGUAUAAAAUGGCACCAUUGGAUGACUGUUACUUUGAUAGAGCUAAGGCCAAAGUGACGCUCGCGACGUGUUACGGAUACAACUUGACCUCUCAAGAGCAGCUGAAGCAACUGGUGUACAAAACUGGACCCAUCUCUAUCGCUAUCCAAGCUGAUGGUUUGCAUACUUACACUGGUGGAAUCCUCUCUGAUAAGCAAUGCAACAAAGGUUACGUCAACCAUGCAGUCCUACUUGUGGGUUAUGGCGUAGAAGGAAAUAAACCAUAUUGGAUCAUCAAGAAUUCUUGGGGCGACAAGUGGGGUGAAAAGGGUUAUUUCAGAGUGGUCAGAGGUGAGAACUUGAACUCUUGCAAGAUGCUGAAUCCAGAUAUGUGUUCUGCUGUUGUCGACUAACAUACAGAAAAUAGAAGAAAUUAUAUGAGCAAUAUCUUACGUUAAAAGUAGUUAGGAUAAUAUAUAAUUUUCUUCUAUGUGUAUUAUCAAUAAAAGUUAUUGAUUU